CGGGUCUGAGAGAGGAGGGGAGGGGAGGGGGCGUGUCGCUAUGAAGGUUGAACAGCCUCGAAUAUUUGUGGCUCACCUCACCACAGCAUAUUGGAUCCAAUCCAAUGCCCUUUUCCCUCCUUCAGACAAAGAGGUUGAGGACGUGUGGCAGCGCAUCUGGCGUGGGCGUGGCGUUGGGUCGAUGCGGCUCUUGGAUGACACUGACACGCCCAUUCCAUUUCCCAUUCACCACGCAGCCUUGUUUGUCGUCAUGCAACCGCGUUUGCAUUUGCAUUUGCACCUCUUCACGUCAUGGCUACUGUCCAAUACCUCGACCUACCGGCAGCCCGCGCGCUUUGCUUACUGCUACUUGUAUAUUGUUUGAUUGUCCAUAUCUUUCCAUCGUCAAAAGGCGCUUCUCCUGGCACGCAAGGGAUGUGCGCAUUCUCUCCGCCCAUUGCCAGGCUCGCAUCUCGCCCUUGGCCUGUCUUGACGCAAACCUGGCAUGCGGACGAGCCUCGUCGCAUCAUCUCAUCUCACCCAAGCGGACGUGUCCAAUCAGUCCCAGCUAAAAGCUCAACUGUGCGUGGCUGGCGCUAAGCUGCCUGGAGCUGCCUAGAGACGAUGCAGAACCCGCACCAGGCACCGAAUCGCACCGUCGGUAAGCAAGCAUUUCCUUGAUCCCAUUUUCAACCAACCACAUCAACCAUGUUCCUCUCCUCUUCCUUCUUCUCUUCCCCUGGCUGUGCGAUGAUAA